CCCCGCGCUGACGUGAGCCUCCCGCCCGGUUCUCGGCGGCAAGGAGUGGAGUGGAGGGGAGUGGAGUGGAGUGGAGGGCGACCCACCCAAAGAUUUGGCAUCCCAAAAAAGAGAGAGGGGGGAGUGAGAGAGAGAGCGAGAGAGAGAGCGAGUUUUGCCUCCCCUUUCCCCUUUUCUCCCUCCUCUCCCCCCAGCCGCCGCAUCAUGUCGAUGAGCCCCAAGCAUACGACGCCGUUCUCCGUGUCUGACAUCCUGAGCCCCUUGGAGGAGAGCUACAAGAAAGUGGCCGCCAUGGAAGGCAGCAACCUGGCCGCCGCCUACCGCCAGUCGCAGGUGGCCCAGCCGGCCCUCCAGCAGCACCCCAUGGGCCACAACGGCACCGUCUCCGCCGCUGCUGCCGCCGCCGCCGCCGCCUACCACAUCCCCCAGCUCUCCCACUCCGCCGCCGCCAUGGGGGGCUACUGCAACGGCAACAUGGGCGAGCUGCCCCCCUACCAGGACUCCAUGCGCAACGGAGCCUCCGCCGCUGCCAGCGGGUGGUAUGGACCCAACCCGGACCCCCGCUUCUCCACCAUCUCCCGCUUCAUGGGCCCGUCGUCGGGGAUGAACAUGGGCGGCAUGGGGGGCCUGGGCUCCCUGGGCGAGGUGGGCAAGAGCAUGGCCCCGCUGCAGAGUGCCCCCCGCCGGAAGCGCCGCGUCCUCUUCUCGCAGGCCCAGGUCUAUGAGCUGGAGCGGCGCUUCAAGCAGCAGAAGUACCUCUCCGCGCCGGAGCGGGAGCACCUGGCCAGCAUGAUCCACCUGACGCCCACCCAGGUCAAGAUCUGGUUCCAGAACCACCGCUACAAGAUGAAGCGCCAGGCCAAGGACAAGGCGGCCCAGCAGCAGAUGCAGCAGCAGGACGCCACCUCUUGCCAACAGCAGCAGCAGCAGCAGCAGUCGCCCCGCCGGGUGGCCGUGCCAGUCCUGGUCAAGGAUGGCAAGCCGUGCCAGGCCGGCUCCAACGCUCCUGCCACGGCGGCGGGGGCAGCUGCCACGGCGCUGCAGGGCCACCACCACCACCAGCACCACCAGCACCAGCAGCAGCAGGCGGCCACCGCCAUCACCGUGGCCUCCAACGGGGCCAGCCUGGGACAACACCACAGCCAGCAAGCCAGCAGCGCCGGGCAGUCGCCGGACCUGGGGCAACACGCCGGGAGCAGCCCCUCUUCCCUCCAGAGCCAGGUCUCGGCUUUGUCCCACCUGAACUCCUCCGGCUCGGACUACGGGACGGCCAUGUCUUGCUCCACCUUGCUCUAUGGGAGGACCUGGUGAGAGAAGCCCGGAGCCACCACCGAUUGCGCCCUGACCAUCACCCCCACCCCCAAUUGCCCCAUUGCCCCAUGCCUUCCCCAGCACCACCAACACUACCAUCACCCCCUGAUGCUGCCUUCCCUUCCCUCACACCCACCUGGACAUGCCUCCCCUCCCUCCUUCCCUGAUUCUUUGUUCCUUCUUUAUUUGUUUGUUUGUUUAUCAAAGAAGUGUGGGGACGGGGACCUUUUUCUUUCUUUUUUUUAACGACAAGACAGAGACAAACUAAGAGACUUCCAAGGGGCGAAGUGUCAUCCCUGCAAGUGUCAUCAUUCUCUGAAGAGAAGCUGGCGGCGCGGGAAAAGGACCCCACGCGUGAAGUGGAACUCCGCUGGGCGCUUGUAUGUACAGAUUUUAAAAGACCCCCCCCCUCAAGCUGGGGCGAGGGGUGGGUGUUUUGCUCCCCUACCCCAUACAUUAGUAUACAACCCCACCCCCAACACACACACACACACACACACACUCUGAGAACACGCCCCCCCAACCCAAACAGUAGAUGCAGAGACACUGAGACUCCCACGGCUUAGCAUUCCCCCCCUUCUUCUCCCACUCACCCAUCGGCCCCCCAACUUCUUCUGUUGGUUGUGAAGCUGUAGCUGUAUAAUGCUGUCGAAAACAAAAACAAAAAAAAGUUGGACUAAACCCAUAGUUUUUAGUAUCCUGAAUAUUUUGUUGAUUAAAUACAUAUUAUAUAUAUCUAUAUCAAGCUACGAACUACCAAACAAAUCAAAAAACUUUUUUUAAAAAAAAGAAAAGAGAAAGAGAAAACAAAAAAUAUCCACUUUUUUCAAUGGAUGUCCACAGAUCCGUGAAUUUCCUUGCCAGUUUGGUCUUUUCUUGGCGCACGUUUCCUUCCUUCCUUCCUUCCUUCCUUCCUUGCCUUCUUUCUUUCUCUCCCUUGAGACUUAAUGUAGAUAUAUUUGGCUUUAAAUAUACUUCCUAAAAAGCUUCUAAUAAAUUAUAAAGAUCACAGAUAUUCCUUAUUGCCUUUUGAUCUUUCCACCGACACCCCCAACCGGGAGCCGAAUGUGCCCCAAGGAAGAUUCCCUUCUUCCCACGCAAAAAUCCCGCGAAAUUCAGCCCGAACAGUAUUGCCGGACACACCUUCCGUGGAAACUGGCCCGAAAGGAAGAGAAAAAAUACACGGAGGAUUCAUCUAUUCCCGGUUAAUUCAAAUGACGCCCCUGUCCAAGAUAAUAAAGAGAGGCCGGAGACAAGGAAAUCCAAGUGGCGUCGUUCGUAGAGGAAAGGCAAUAUUUGCAGACCCGCUAAUCGAAAUCCCCAAAGAGAGCAUUUAAAGGUCCUGCUAAUGGAGGGCUGGGGCUGGGGAAACCAGUAAGGGAUAUACUCACAGGUUGAAGUCGGGGGUGGGGAGAGAAAUAUAAAACCCUUGUAAAGAGCGUCCAGUUUUGUUAAAAAAACAAAAAGCAAACACCACCCCACAAUUUCUACAAAGGUUUCCUAUGUAAUUGUAUUUUAAGGAAAGUACGACCAUCUUAUUUAUAACCAAAAUAAAACGAUAGUUUAUUGUGAGCCACGUGUGACGUGUAGUUUGCAUUAACUUUAAAAAAGCCAGAUAAGAAGGUUUUGCUGGUUUUGAUGCAGGAGUCUGGGCGUCUUCUCUCCCAGACUUUUGCUGGACUUUUUGUGAGAUUCAGUGGCCAAAUAGGGAGAAAUCUCUGCGAGUUUAGAGUCCAUUGAUCGCUUUUUUCCCCUCGCUUUCAAGAACUAGACAAG